CAGCCGGACAGGCAGACAUUCGGUUCACAAUUCAUUCAAACUUAACUGCAAUGCAUUUUCAGUUGACCGUUAACUAUUGAGGAUCCAACACGCGGAACGCGCAUUCCACAACUAGCUGAAUUUAACCGCAAACGUAUAAGGGUACAUGUGAUAGAGAGUGUGUGUGGCUGUGUGUCUGGGCUCUGCCGGAGGGUGACUUGAUCCCAAAUACAAAAAUAUUAAUAUUAAUUAAUUCAAUUGUAACGAACGAAUUGAAAUAAUUGAACUGAGGAGCCAUCACCGACGACAUCUAUAUUUGGAGACACAGAGGCGAUCGACAGCCAGCCAAAUACAAAAAAAUAGUAUUAUUAUUGUUGUUGUUAUUAGUGAGAAGACGCAAUAAUUAUUGGAAUUUUCAUAAUUUCACAAUUUCCAGAAUCCAUAGAAGUCAGUCGUCAUAUUCUGCCAUCCAACAAUCAACGAAACACCAUCCAUUCAUUCGAAGAUCAGUAGCAUCGCACACACCGACAAAUUGUCGACAGCACAUUGUGACAGUGAAAAUGAAUUGGCUGGCGUUGGCUAUUUCCAUAUCGGCAACCCUGAAUAUUGCGUUGGCCUGUAAUCGGGUGCCGUAUGGGACAACGGCAGCCAAAUCGCCGGUGGAUGAAAGCUAUGCCGUUGUUAUUGCGGGUAAUCCCCAGACAUAUAUACCGGGACAGAAAUAUAAUGUCUCCUUGGUGGCCUCCAAUGACCAGGUGUUCAUUAGCUUCAUGUUGGGCGUGGAAUCUGAAAAUGGCGGUGUCGAUGCCAUGGAUGUGGUGGGCACCUUUGAAAUAGCCGACCUGGCUGAAACCCGUUUCAGUCCACGCUGUGCCAAUUUGGUGGAAAAUACCAACACAAAUGUCAAGCAACGUGUCGAUGUGGUUUGGGUGGCGCCCGCAGCCACCGGCAUGGGUUGUGUGCUGCUGAGAGCCACCGUCAUACAACAUCGUGAUGUUUGGUUUAUGGAUGAUGGAUUUUUGACGAAAAAGUUAUGCGAAGAGGAAAUCGAUGAUAUCGAUAGUCAACCGACAAUUGUCGAUCCUUGCUGUGCCUGUGAUGAGGCCAAAUAUGAGCUGACAUUUGAGGGCAAGUGGUCACGGCAUACGCAUCCCAAGGAUUUCCCGGCGAAUAGUUGGCGUACAAGAUUUAGUGAUAUUAUUGGGGCUUCCCAUACCGUCGACUAUCGUUUCUGGCAGUAUGGUGAGCUGGCCAGUGAGGGUUUGAGGGAAAUUGCCGAACAUGGCUCCACAAGGACUUUGGAAACGGAACUCAAGGAUAAGAGCGAUCAAAUCCGCACGAUUAUCAAGGCCCGAGGCAUAGCCUAUCCCGAUGUGACGGGAAAAACUCAUGCCGUGUUUCGUGUCGAUUCCCAGCAUCAUUUGAUAUCCUUUGUGUCCAUGAUCGAUCCCUCACCCGAUUGGAUUGUGGGUGUUUCAGGACUGGAGUUGUGUCUGUCCAAUUGCAGUUGGGUUGAGACCAAGGUCUAUAAUUUAUAUCCCUGGGAUGUGGGCACCGAUAUGGGGCCUUCGUAUAUGUCAGCAGACCAGCCUCAAGUUCCGCCGGAUGUGGUGCGGCGCAUUAAAUCCAAUUCCCCCAAUGAUCCACGUUCUCCAUUCUAUGAUAGCAGUGGGGCUCCAAUGAAACCUCUGGCCACGGUGUAUUUGAAUCGACGCCGUUUGUAUGAGAAGACCUGUGAUAACACGGAAUCCGAAAACGAACCUAUCGAAUGUGCCACUCAUCAUUGGUCUGCCUGGGAUGAAUGCUCGGCCAAAUGUGGUCCUGGCACACAAUAUCGUACCCGGGAAUUUAAAAAUCCCGCCGCUGCCCAGAGAGUACGCUGUCGCACCAGUUUGCGUCAGGAACAAUCGUGUAUGGGUCGCCAGUGUGAGGCAGAAAAUGGUGAUGUUGAGGAAACAGUGUAUGCCCCGGCGCCCGAUAUGCCCGAGUGUGCCGUUUCUGAUUGGGGUGAAUGGUCGUCGUGUUCGGUGUCCUGUGGCAAGGGUUUUGAGAUAAGGCGAAGGCGUUACCUGACCCGAGGGGCCAAAAAGAAGUGUCAGCCCAUUCUCCGUUUAAUUUUGGAGGAGAAACGAAGCUGUCGGGCCUCGGACUGUGGUGGUGACAUUGGAGACAGCGAUGAUGGAGACAAUGGUGGCGGUGAUGCUGAGGACAAUGAAGUUGAUGGCACCCGAUCCCUGUUUGGCAACAUUGAUGACAAUAUCCGUUAUCGUGACCUGGAAAGCUAUAGCCACCAAUUGGACGAUUAUAUACCGCCCGAAUGUGGAGUGUCUCACUGGUCGGAUUUCUCACCCUGUCUGGGACCCUGUGGUGGCAAGGGUACCAGUGAACGCCAACGUUUUGUUUGGAACAAAGACGAAGUAUAUGGUGUGCGCAAUCCAAAUCGCGACCCCUCCAUAGAUCCCUGUCGCCACAUUAAACGCCGUGAAGUGGUCAGCUGCAAUACCCUAAACUGUGAUGCCAUUGUGCCGCCGCAAUGCUAUGAGAUUCUGAAGCCUAGCCAUUGUCGCGACAGUGAUGUGGCCAAUUACUGGUAUUACGAUCACAUGUCCGAUCAGUGUGCCAUCUUUUGGGCAGAUAAAUGUGAUCGGAAUCGCAACAAAUACAAGUCGAAGGAAGAGUGUGAGGAGACGUGUCGCAUGCCACGCAAGAAGAUGGAAAUGCAACAGGAGAACAUAAGGGCCGAUCCCAUCGACUGUGUGGUCAGCAAUUGGAUGAGUCAUGCUUGUAAUGUAACCUGUGGUGAGGGUGCCCAGAUCAAGACGCGCAAGGUGUUGCGUUCCCCAAAAUAUGGUGGCAAACCCUGUCCCAAACAUCUGGUGAAAAUUGAGAAAUGUUAUCAACGUUGCGAUGACAUCUAUUCCGUGGGAGGUUAUGUGCCACAAAACAAUGAGGAUCGCCGAAGACAUCAUAGCCAUGUGAAAUUGGAACCACCGCAGAUCGAGGAAAAAGAUGAAUGCCGUUACUCCGAGUGGUCCGUGUGGACACCGUGUACUGCGACCUGUGGCGACAACUCAUAUCGCCAGAGGACACGAACAUUGCUUAACAUUGAAAUGAGUUACAAAUGCAAGGAUCGUGUCAUUGUGGAGAAGUGUAAAAUGUUACCCUGUCAGCUGAAUAAUAAUGAGGAGUAGGAGAAGUGUUUCCCGGAGAGGAUGGGGAGGAUUGAUAUAAUGGCAUUAUUAUUGUUUAUACAUAUCU